CCGGAGGCUGCGCGUCAGUACACUCCGUUAGUCCGCUGUGUGUGCGCCGGCGCCACUGCGCGAACUCGCGCGCCAAAUUUGAAUUUUAAAACUUUUCUCUUCGUUUUUUUAAUCGAAACAAUAAAAAAUCGACACGUGCAGUAGUGGUGAUAGUUAAGUGAUUUUUUUCAAGGAAUUUCAAACGAACGUUUUUUGGGCAUGCUGCAGUGAUGGGGUGUUUUAACUUGAGAUCGCUGCUCUUAGCAGCUAUCGUAUUAAGUAAUUGCAUCACAUGGACAGCUUCUAGGCAUCACUAUACACACAAUGUCUCCGGACACCGCAGCAGGCACAGAAGACAAGGUGCGGGUCUGUACCUACCAGCAUCAUAUAUAAUUCCCGGUGGAGAGGGGAGUGGAGCGUGGGGAGAAUGGGGGGAGACAUCUCCAUGCUCACGCACCUGUGGCGGCGGUGUCGCCAGCCAAAAAAGAAUAUGUCUUGUAUUUGGCUCAGACGGGCAACCCCAGUGUUCUGGUGGAGACACAAAGUACUUUUCCUGCCAAACGCAGGACUGCCCCGACGGCUCCCCGGACUUCCGACAACAACAAUGCUCUGAACACGACGGCGAAAACUUUAGAGGACACACAUACACGUGGGUGCCGUAUACAAAAGCUCCGAACCCCUGUGAAUUGAACUGCAUGCCGAAAGGGGGCAGGUUCUACUACCGGCACAAGGAGAAGGUGGUGGACGGCACCAGAUGUAACGACGAGUCAUACGACGUCUGCGUGGACGGCACUUGUCAGCAUGUCGGCUGUGAUAUGAUGCUGGGUUCUAAUGCUCGCGAGGACAAAUGCCGCGAGUGCCGCGGAAACAACACUAACUGCCACACUGUCAAGUCCACCAUCCCUCCCGAACACGAACUAAGACAAGGUUACAACGAUAUUUUAAUAAUACCGCAAGGAGCAACCAGUAUUUACAUCGCCGAAGUAAGGGAUUCAAACAACUAUCUCGCACUAAGAUCGAAGCAAAGCAACGUGUAUUAUCUCAACGGCGACUACCAUAUCGACUUCCCACGCACUCUAGAGAUCGCUGGUGCUCUCUGGCACUACGAACGUAGUCAGCAAGGCUUCGCGGCUCCUGACGUCCUCCGGUGUCAGGGACCUACUAAUGAGCCUUUGUACCUUUCCCUUCUCCUACAAGAUACGAAUGUAGGCAUCGACUACGAGUACAGCAUUCCCACCAGUCUCGCACCACCUCCAAAUCAGGAAUACAACUGGGUUCAUGAAGAGUUCAGUGACUGCACUGCUCCUUGUGGAGGAGGGUACCAAACGCGCAAUGUAACAUGUCGAUCUCGCGAAGACCUGGAUGUCGUCAGCGAUAGCCUUUGCGAUGAUAUCCUGAAACCUGUCACCAACCAGACUUGUAACACGUUCCCUUGUGAAGCGCACUGGGUCGAAGGCCCUUGGAGUCCUUGCUCCAAACCCUGUGGAGAAGGUGGUAGUAGGUCCAGAGAAGUGUACUGUGAAAAGGUUAUCACAAAUGGCGUGACUUUCAGGUAUACGUCGAGAGUAGGUGACAAGGAGUGCGAAGCUCUGCCAAAGCCCCCGCUAACUCAAGAGUGCAGUAAGGAAGCUUCAUGUCCCAAAUGGUUCAUAGGAAAAUGGAAACCAUGUGACAAACUAUGUGGCGAAGGUAAACAGACUCGUGAAGUGGUCUGCCAUCAAAAAGAUAACGGCCGAGUGGAAGUUUUGACCGACGCAGAAUGCUCCGAAGAGAAACCUGCCACUGAGCAGUCUUGCAUGCUACAUCCUUGCGAAGGAGUUGACUGGGUGCUUACUGAUUGGAGCGGGUGCGACAAUUGCCUAUCCAAAGUACGCACACGCCUGGCGGAAUGUUCCACGAAAGACGGCACUGUCGUCAACUCGACAUUCUGCUCGUACCACCCUACACCCGUGCUAGAAGAACCCUGCGACAAAACCAAACUGCCCGCUUGUGAAGUUUCAUGGUACGCAACACAAUGGAGCAAUUGUUCAGUAGACUGCGGUAAGGGAAUUAAAUCGCGUAAAGUAUUUUGCGGACUUUUCGACGGCUCUGCCGUACUAAAAGUAGCCGACAGCCGUUGCGAAAAUGAGACCAAGUACAACGACACGGCUCCUUGUGAAGUUCCACAGGAAGAAUGUCCCGAUCACUGGCACGCAGGACCUUGGACCGAGUGUACAAAGAAAUGCGGUGGCGGAUAUCAAUACCGUACGGUGCUUUGUCUCAGUGGUAACAAGACAGGCACAAAGUGCAAUGGAGAAACUGUCCUCGAUCCUACCCAAAACUGUAAUACCGGACCUUGUGAUGCAGACGAAACUUUGCCAGUCGAUGCCCAUUCUACACCAAUAAUGGACGAUACCGAAGAUGAAGAUUGCAUUGAAGAAGACGAAGAAUAUCCUGAUGAAGGAGUGGAUGAAUUAGAGCCUGAAUCUACGGAUGAGGAUAUGAUGUUCAGUGACAGUCCUUCAACAGAAGAAGGUUCAGGCGCAAGUACCACAAGCGAAUUUGAGUCAGAGUCAACGGAAACAGGUUCUGGAGAAACAAGCAUAACAGAAUCUUUAUCGACGGAAUCUUCAGGCUCUGAACCAACAGAGACUGGUGAUACUGAAUCAACGAUUACGAUUGAAUCAUCUGGCAGCAGCGAAUCAGAAGCCACUUCAGAAUCUGGUGAAACGACUGAAUUGUCUAGUACUUCAGAAUCUGGUGCAACUACUGAGUCCUCUGGUACUUCAGAGUCUAGUACAACCUCAGAAUCAGGUGGCACUUUAGAAUCUGGUGCAACCUCAGAAUCAUCAGGUACUUCAGAGUCAGGCGGAACUAGUGAAUCAUCUGGUACUUCAGAAUCUAGUGCAACCUCAGAAUCAGGUGGAACUACUGAAACUUCCAAUACUUCAGAAUCCGAAAGUACUACUGAAACGUCAGACACAUCAGAAUCUGAAGGUUCGACUGUAUCUGAUGGAAGUACUGAAUCUUCUAGCUCUUCUGUAUCGGAGGAAACAUCAUGGUCGUCGACCACUGAUAUUUCAAGCACGUCAGAAUCAUCAUCGGGAUCUACGGAUUUAAGUACGGAUCUCACGUCGGAAUUUACUGACAGUACUACCGAGUCCGUAACUUUGUCAAGCUCUGAUGAAACAGGCGCGAGCAGUACCGAAGCUAGUAGCACGAGUGAGGCAACAGAUGAAUCAUCUGGAAGCGAAGCUUCAACAACUGAAAGUGGAACUGAAAGCACUACUGAAGGGGGAUCAUCUGGGACAACUGAAACUGGCGAAACGUCGGAGUCUGAAACAUCGGUCGGAACAACUGAGUCCGGUGCUACCGAAACCGAAGGUUCUACAGAAUUAUCAACAACAGAAAGUGAGGGAUCCACUGAGUCUGGAGCUACUACCGAGUCAGGAGGUACCACUGAGUCUGAAGGCUCUACUGAAUCUGAAGCCACUACUGAAUCUGGUUCCACUGAGAGUGAGGGCACUACUGAAUCUGGUUCUACUGAAGAAACGGUGUCCGAAGGCUCGUCAACCACCGAACUGUAUUCAACUGAAGAAUCUUCUGAAUCAACACCCUGGGACUGGUCAUCAACGAUUGACUUUUACGCAACAACUAGAAGACCUCGAUGCAAGCCGAGGAGAUCAAAAUGCAAGAAGUCCAAGUUCGGUUGCUGUCCUGAUAAUAUUACACCUGCAGCUGGUCCCUUUGACGAAGCUUGUCCAACACCCAAGACCUGCAAAGAAUCUAAAUUCGGUUGCUGUCCCGACGGUGUCUCUCCUGCCACUGGACCCAAGAAUGACGGUUGUCCAGUUGAACCUUGCGAAGAUACACUUUUCGGCUGCUGCAAAUCUGACAAAAAGACACCUGCAAAGGGUAAUGACCAAGAGGGAUGUCCACCACCGCCUCCAGCUUGCAAAUCAUCCAAAUACGGAUGUUGUAAAGAUGAAAAGACGCCAGCCACUGGUCGUAAAGGAAAAGGAUGUCCGGAGAAUGCUCCGGCGAAACGACCAACAGGAUGUGCUACGUCUAAAUAUGGCUGUUGUUACGAUAACAAAACAGAAGCUACUGGACCUAAUGGGCAUGGAUGCCCUUGUGGUGCUACCGAAUUUGGUUGCUGCUCUGAUGGUGUUUCUACUGCCUCAGGUACAGAAAUGGAAGGCUGUGUGAUGUCGUGCAAUACUUCUGCCUACGGAUGUUGUCAAGACGGCGAGACUCCAGCACAUGGACCCGAUUACGAAGGCUGUUGUCUGCUGUAUGCUUAUGGCUGCUGUCCAGAUAACCACCAGCCUGCUGAAGGGCCACAUCUUGAAGGUUGUAGUUGCCAACGUGCCCGCUUUGGAUGUUGCCCAGAUAACAUAACCAUCGCCAGAGGUCCUGACAAUAAGGGUUGUGGCUGUAAAUUUUCUGAGCAUGGUUGCUGUCCUGACAGGCACACUCCAGCGUUAGGUCCUGAGUUCGAAGGAUGUGAGUGCAACACAUAUCAAUUUGGUUGCUGCCCUGAUGGCGUUACCAUCGCGAAAGGACCGAACUUACAAGGCUGCCAGUGCCAAUAUUCUAAGUACGGCUGUUGUGGAGACGGCCAAACUUCUGCUACUGGACCUGACCAAGGUGGCUGCGACUGUUCUUCGAGCAAAUAUGGAUGUUGCCCCGAUGGUCAAACUGAGGCGAAAGGAGAGAAGUUCUUGGGAUGUACUGAUGUACCAGAAAACAGACAAGCCGGUUGCAGCCUGUCGACGGAUCGAGGCCCAUGCCGCAACUAUUCCGUUUACUGGUACUACGACAUUGAGUACGGUGGUUGUUCGCGGUUCUGGUAUGGUGGUUGUGAGGGCAAUGCUAACCGAUUCUCCAGUCCCGAGGAAUGCGAGGACGUUUGCGUACGACCUUCACCUAAGGACGCUUGCAAGUUACCUAAGGUAAAAGGAGCGUGUCAAGGAUAUCACCUGCGUUGGUACUUCGAUUCAGCGCGUGAACAAUGCGGGCAGUUCGUGUUCGGUGGUUGUCUCGGCAACGCUAACAACUUCGAAAGUCGCGAGCUUUGCCAGGAACAUUGUGAACCUGCCAGAGGCGACGAUGUAUGCAAACUUCCGAUCGAACAAGGAUCAUGCGCCGGCAACUUUGGACGAUGGGGCUUUAACGCGGAGUCUGGUCAAUGCGAACAGUUCGUGUGGGGAGGCUGCGAGGGCAAUGGCAACCGCUUCGGCUCCGAAGCCGCCUGCAACCUGCGCUGUAAUCCACCUGGCGAGCAAAAACCACAAUGCUCGGAGCCUCAGCUAGUAGGCAAUUGUACGGAGAAGCAAGCUGUAUGGUCAUUCAGUCAAACGGAGAACCGAUGCGUGCCAUUCUAUUACACUGGGUGUAAUGGAAAUAACAACAGAUUCACUUCCGAAGACGCCUGCACUGAAGCUUGCCCUAACGCUUUCGUGCAAGAUGUAUGCUCACUACCAGCAUUAACUGGCGACUGUGCCGACUACAGGGAGAGAUGGUACUAUGACACUUCUAUUAAGAGAUGUCGUCAAUUCUACUUCGGCGGAUGUGGCGGCAACGGUAACAACUUUGCAACGGAGCCGGAGUGUGAAAAUCGCUGCAACGAGGACAUGCAAACCACCACGGUCAUUACUACAAUCGCUACACAACCGCAGCCCGAGCCUUUCAAAUCAGAGUUCUGCUUCCUGGAAAAGGACCCUGGUCCGUGCACAGAGGACUUUACGAGGUGGGCAUACGAAGCAGCUCUUGGCGCGUGCACCACAUUCCAGUACGGAGGCUGCGGAGGCAACAGGAACAAUUUCCCCAGUGAGGAACAUUGUUCCUAUUACUGCACGCCGGCACAAGACGUAUGCCAGUUGCCGAUGAGACAAGGGCCGUGCGAUGAGUCGUACAUGCGAUGGUUCUACGACCGCGCGACUGACACCUGUAGCCAGUUCACCUUCGGAGGAUGCGAUGGCAACGAUAACAAUUUCGAGACGUUGGAAGCUUGCGAGAGCCGCUGCAAGACUGCUCCUGCUGCAACCACUACCACAGCUGCAUCUGCACCGGCUCCACGACUACCCUCACAAUGUUAUAUCGCCCCAUCGCUAGAGGAUUGUGCGGGAUCAGGCAAGGUGUGGUACUGGGACCCAAGUCGCAACACUUGCACUGAACAUGACAACAGAGAUUUUGGACCUUACUGCAGAAGAACUGGCGUCUUCCCCUCGGAGGAAGCUUGUGAAAGGAACUGCGGUGCUUUCAGAGACCUUGGUCGCAACGUCUGCCGCUAUCCGCUCGACCCCGGAUCGUGUCGAGAGUUCGUGCAGAAGUUCUACUUCGAUCAGGCCCAAGCACGCUGCGUCGAGUUCUCCUACGGCGGCUGCCACGGCGGACCCAACCGGUUCUCCUCGGUCGAGGAAUGCGAGGAGAUCUGCAAACCUGAAUCUGAUCCAUGCAAGCAAGGAGCUGAGCCUGGCAACUGCUUGGGCUACAUAGUGAAGUGGUACUACGACCAGACCAAGGACACUUGCCAGCAGUUUGUCUAUGGAGGAUGCAAUGGCAACGACAACAGAUUCGAGUCGCAGGCGGAAUGCGAAGGAAGAUGCAGAAGACGGCCAGAUGUCUCAACUUCAUCCAUAGCGCCUAUGACCCCACCACAACCGCCGGCAGACGAGGAAUGUCGCACUCCAUACUCUUUGGAACCCUGCGAGGCGGAAAUAACGUCGUUCUACUACGACGCUGAGCGCGGUGCGUGUCUUUCGGCACCGAUUGGCGGCUGUCGCUACGCAAACGGAUAUCACAGUGAGGAAGAGUGCGAGAGACGUUGCGGCGCCUUCCGUGGACAAGACAUAUGCAAUGCUCCACUUGACCCUGGCCCAUGCAGGGCAGCAAUCCCCAAAGUGUACUGGCACCAAGCAACAGGCAGCUGUCUGCCAUUCGUGUACGGAGGUUGCGGAGGCGGACCAAAUAGAUUCUCUAGCGUCGAAGAGUGUGAAGAAACCUGCGGGGCCUACGGACCUCACCUGGCGUGCCUGCAGAGCGUGGAGGUGGGCGAGACGGGGUGUGAUCAACCCUCCCAGAGGCGCUGGUACUACAGCGAUAUCUACUCCGAGUGCAUCGUGUUCGCGUACACCGGCUGUGGCGGCAAUGGAAACAACUUCGCCUCUAUUGACGAGUGCGAACAACUCUGCAAGAGAACGCCCGAAACGAAUGAAGUGGUGCCUAAUUGCGAGCGGUACAACGAGGAGUGCGCACGCAUCCGCUGCCCGUAUAGCGUGCAGCGCACGCGCACGCCUGAGGGCUGCGAGCGCUGCUCGUGUGUGCCCGUCGAUAUCGACUGCGCGCCCUUACGGCUUGAAUGUGAGCAGCUCAAAUGCAACUACGGCUUGGAUAGGACCACUGGCGAAGAUGGAUGCGAUAGAUGCCGUUGCUUAGAGCACCCGUGCGAGAAGCACCCGUGCCCGAGCGGCGAACGCUGCGUGGCCAUGGCGUACGUCGACCCCGUCACACAGGACACGCGCUACUCCGCCGACUGCAGAGUCGUAAACAAACCAGGCCAGUGCCCGGCAACCGACGCCGCGGUCGAGGGUCUGGCGGCGAGCUGCCGGCGCGAGUGCAACGAUGACGCAGACUGCCGCGGCGUCGGCAAGUGCUGCACCGUCGACUGCAGCCAGCUCUGUUUGGACCCUACCACUGCCACGAGCCCUGUACCGAGGACCACUACUUAUACUCCAGAGCUACCACAGGCCCCUCGAGCGAACACGGACACUGAGCCCGAGGUGACGUCAUCGGAAGGUGAUAAAGCAACCUUGCGCUGUUUGUUCCACGGUAAUCCGCCGCCCAAGAUAACAUGGCGACGUGGGGAGAUCACGAUCGACGGCACAGUAGGUCGCUACCGGCUCCUCUCUGACGGCGCACUCGAGAUCGUGUCCCUGUACCGCAACGACACCGGCGUAUACAUAUGCGUGGCCGACAAUGGCUUAGGCACUGCCCGCCAAGAGGUGCACCUGCAGGUCAACGAUCCUGUGAACGGUCCGGCUGGCAUCUCCGGAGAAGCCGACAAGGUUGAAACUGGCGAGUUCGGACGAAGUCUCAACAUCCGUUGCCUCGCAUACGGAAACCCCACACCGACCGUAUAUUGGUACAGAGGACUAACCGGGCCCAUGGUACCCUACAGCAGCCCGCUCUAUGAAGCCAGAGAUAACGUGUUACAAAUUAAAGUGCUCAACUCUGAAACAAUAGGGCAGUAUACCUGCCAAGCCUACAACGGCAUAGGACGGGCAGCUACAUGGUCUUUGACUGUAGAAGCAUACAACCCUUACCAAACGCCUGAAGUGGUGCCGAUAACACCCAGAGCCCCGGAAACCGAGGCCACUACUCCCGCGUUGCCGGAGUUCGAAGAACCGGUCUAUACUGUGCCGGUGAGAACGCGUCUACAAUUAGACAGCCCGAACCUAUCGGUAGGCUCUGAACUAAACCUGCCGUGUGACGUGGACGGUUAUCCAGUGCCUGAUGUCUACUGGACGAAAGACGGCGCCCGACUUGGUCCAUCGGACAGAGUCAGGAUCACUGACUCGCGGCUGACGAUAUCUGGCGUGAGCGUGUACGACAGCGGUGUUUACGGCUGUCACGCCAGCAAUUCCUUCAGCACUGAUGCUGACACUGUGCAGAUCACUGUACAAGGUGCAUAUCUACCGCCAAAGUGCAACGACAACCCGCUGUUCGCAAACUGCAAACUGAUUGUGAAGAGCAAGUUUUGUCAUCACAAAUAUUACUCAACGUUCUGCUGCAAGUCCUGUGUAGAGGCCGGCCAGCUGGAUCCUACCGACAUUAAUAUCCAAAAUGACGGGCCUUGGCGCAAGAAGUAGUUACCGCACACAUUAGGACCGAGGGAUGUUUAAAUUUUCACAAAAUAGGUGUAGAUACUUACUUGUUUUUUAUUUCUUAGCUGUUAUACGUUCGGAUCGGCGUCGAAUGAGACAAACAAUUUUGACUAUUGCCGUAACCGUGUAGUCUGAGUGUAUCUCUCUGUUAUUUUUUUGCUUACAGAAGCUUUAGGCUCAAUUUAUAUUGACACGGAAUAGAAUGGCAACGAAUUUUUGUAAUUAUAGCAUCAUCAUCAUCAUUCACAGCCAGAUUUCACCCACUGCUGGGUAUAGGCCUCCCGAAGUUUAUGGCAUCCACUUGCAACUGGGCGCCCAGCAUUUCUUUUGCCCAUCACGGCCACCAAUCAGUCGACGCCUUGCUCCACCUGUCAUCACCUUGCUUUGCUAUAUGUCCCGACCAACCCCAUUUGAGUUCCAUGAUCCGAGUUCCAGCAACCUGUACGAACCAAAAUAUCGGACGCUAUAGGAGAAUUGUCGUGAAUUCUUGGGAAUUCCCGUAGCUACCGUAUCGUAUCUACUUUGUUCGUUACACAAUUGACAUAAUGUUCACUACGCUGUGUACAACUUCGAUACAAAAAUUCGCUGCCAACAACGACACUUAAACAAC